AUGAGUGCUUCCCGGGGUAUCAGCCCCUGUGCUUGGACUAAGCCUGACCUGUUCGAGUACACGUCCGGGCGUUUUUUAUUCAAUGAAGAGCUCCGCCGCGUGGAGCGCCGUAUUCAAUUCGACGUGAAUGCUCUUGCAAGGGCGGCCUGCCAUUCUGUCGGUCGACAUGUCAAUGACGUGGCGUCGAUCACAAAACUCGCGGAGGGGGGCUUCAACCGCGUCUUGCAAGUCACUUUCGAUGAUGGGUAUGCAAUUCUCGCAAGGUUGCCGUACAAAUCGACUGUCCCGAAACAUCAUGCAGUGGCCAGCGAAGCUGCUACACUCGCACUUCUGCGUGCUCAUGGGGUCCCAGUCCCUAAAGUUCUUGCGUAUUCUCCAAACAACACGAAUGCAGUUGGAACCGAAUAUAUGAUUCUUGAAAAGCUUGAAGGAACGCCCCUGAGUGAGCAGUGGUUUUCCAUGGAUACCAAAACUCGGGUCAAAGUAAUGAGACAGAUUGUUGAUCUGGAGAGGCAAUUUAUGAGCAUCGAAUUCCCAGCAAGUGGGAGUCUCUAUCACCGACGUGAUCUUGAUGGCUCACAACACCUUGUCCCAGUCUCGGGCGAUAUCGUCGUUGGCCCAACUGCACAGCAUGAAUGGUGGUAUCGAGAACGGGGAUCUCUAAAGGUUGACCGCGGCCCAUGGAACACCUUUUCUGCAUGCUUUGAAGCACCCGCCAAGCGCGAGAUGGAAUUCUGUGAAAGAUUUGGCAAACCACGCCUACACGUCGAAAGAUACCUACGAGAGAUACACCGUCUACAAAACCUCUCACCUUUUCCAUACCGACAUCUUCUUACCAAUUACUUGAAGUUAGCGCCUUGCCUCGACAUCCCAUCCGACCACCGCAUGUCUCGCCCGACUCUUCGCCAUCCGGACUUCUCACCUAAUAAUAUCUUGGUAAAUGCGUCUAACGACGUGGUAGGGAUCAUCGACUGGCAGCAUGCAGUCAUUCCACCUCUCUGUCUGUGCGCUGGAAUCCCCGAUCACUUUCAAAACUGGGGCGAUCCAUUAUCCGAGACAUUAUCCAAGCCAGAGGUCAAAUUGCCAGACAAUUUUGACGAGCUCAGCAAUGAAGAACAAGCAUCUGUUAAAGAGACGAUGCGGAGACGAACUGUUCAUUUCUAUUAUGCCGCGUUGACCAUGAAAUCCCUACCGGAUCACUUUGAUGCCAUCAGGACUGAAAACUGUAUGCUUCGAGCGAAGCUUUUCCAUCAUGCUCAGGCUCCCUGGGAAGGAGACUCCGUCUCGCUAAAGUAUACCAUGUCACAGGUCCUCAAGAAUUGGCCCAUGUCGCUAGAUGGAGAAGCACCGAGAGCUGUUGAGUGUCCAGUUCAAUUCUCUGAACAGGAGAUGCAGCAAUGUUCGGAGGACUAUCGCCAAAAACAAGAGAAGCUACAGGAACUGGGCGAGAUGAGGGAUUUAAUUGGGACAGAUGCCCUAGGCUGGGUUUCAGAUGAUGAGCUUGAACGGUGCAGGGCUAUUGUCCAGAGCAUCAAGGACGGUUUGAUGGAACAUUCAAGCACUGAGAUGGAGAGAAUUGCGGUUCUUUCCCAUUUUCCUUUCGAUGAUCAUGAAGAAAACGCAUAA